CACGAACUCUACAGUCCUCCUGAAGAUCUCCCGAAGUCAACUUUUCUCCUCUGAAGAAACUCCUGCCGUCUAUAGCCAUGGCUUUCUUCCGUACGUCGCUAGUGCUGUUGGCGGUGGCGCUGCUUUUGACGACCGGCUUCGUGGAGGGCGGGAAGAAGCACAAGCGUCGCAGAAGCAGGGAGCACUCACGGGAACACUCUCGGGAGCACUCAAGGGGGAGCCGGGAGGACAGCAGAAGUUCGUCUGAGGAGACCCGGGAGCAGGACAACGAGCGUCUGGACAAGUUGGAAGAACUGAUUAAAAAGCAACAGGAAGAGAUCGAGGCAUUAAAGGAAGACAACAAGGCCCUGAAAGACAAGAUAAACGCACAAGCCAACACAACUGAUAUUCUAGGCGACGAAGUCGAUUUUCUCCAACAGGUGGUCGGAAAGGGACAGAAAGUGAUCAAAGCAUUGAAGGACGACAACAAGACCCUGAAAGACAAGAUAAACGCACAAGCCAACACCACUGAUAACCUGGGGGACGAUAUCGAUUCUCUCCAACAGGAGGUCGAAAAAUGCAAAUACAGCGUCUCGGAUCUGGCUGACGACGUCAAGACCCUGAUGGAAGACAAAGAGGACCUGAAGGACGCCGUUGACAGCCAGAAGACGGAGAUCCGCGAGCUGCAGGCGGAGCUGGAGGGCCUGGCGGAGUGCUGCGCAGAACAAGCCGCCGGAGAUGACGGGUUCUUCGGCAUCCCGCUGGUACAGGGCGAGGACGUUUAGUAGCUUCCCAAGUAGAAACAGUACUCCACGCACCAAUGCUGUAGAAUACGCUUAUUGGAAACUGAACCCCUUUUUCCCUCGU